CGCAUCGCUGAGCGGCGUUCAGCAGCACGGACAGCCAGCACCGCACUACCCAGCGCAGCGCUCACCUGGCUUCGCCGAGAUAUUUUUUUUUUGGUUUUCCCCUCAUCGGACGAAGAAGUGCCGACCGACGGAAAGCCCCGAGGCCACCAUGCCGGGUAGAGAGUAAAGGGAGAUUUGGACCGUGUAGAGGAGAGAGGAGCAACACUGCGGGCGUGCUUGGGGUGGCCUCUCCAUCCCCGCGAACACCUUUCCGGGCUCGGAGCGCGCUCGGACGCACGUACCAUGAUGGAAGGCUGUCCGCCGAUGCUGCCGCUGCUGGUUCUCCUCGCCAUUGCGGGAGGCGGCCUUGGGGCAGACACAGAGGAGCGGCUGGUGGAGCAUCUCCUAAACCCAGCACACUACAACAAACUGAUCCGUCCCGCGACUAAUGGCUCAGAGCUGGUCACCGUGCAGCUGAUGGUGUCGUUGGCCCAGCUCAUCAGUGUGCAUGAAAGAGAGCAGGUGAUGACCACCAAUGUCUGGCUGACGCAGGAGUGGCAGGACUACCGUCUGACUUGGGUCCCCGAGGAGUUUGAUGGAAUGAUGAAGGUCAGGCUGCCCUCAAAACACAUCUGGCUGCCUGACGUGGUGCUCUACAAUAAUGCUGAUGGCGUGUAUGAGGUGUCAUUCUACUCUAAUGCCGUGGUGUCCUACGACGGCAGUAUCUUCUGGUUGCCGCCCGCCAUCUAUAAAUCGGCCUGUAAGAUUGAGGUCAAGCACUUCCCCUUUGACCAGCAGAACUGCACGCUACGCUUCCGCUCUUGGACCUAUGACCGCACGGAGAUUGAUCUUGUGCUUCGAGCCGACGUCGCCAGCAUGGACGACUUCACACCCAGUGGGGAGUGGGACAUCAUCGCGCUGCCAGGCAGACGAAACGAGAACCCGGCCGACCCCACCUAUGUGGACAUCACGUACGAUUUCAUAAUUCGCAGGAAGCCCCUUUUUUACACCAUCAACCUCAUCAUCCCGUGUGUGCUCAUCACUUCGCUGGCCAUCCUGGUCUUCUACCUGCCCUCUGACUGCGGGGAGAAGAUGACGCUGUGCAUCUCAGUGCUGCUGGCUCUCACUGUCUUCCUGCUGCUGAUCUCUAAGAUUGUCCCUCCGACCUCACUGGACGUCCCUCUGGUGGGGAAGUACCUGAUGUUCACCAUGGUUCUGGUAACUUUCUCCAUCGUCACCAGCGUGUGCGUGCUCAACGUACACCACCGUUCGCCCACCACACACACCAUGCCCCCUUGGGUUAAACUGGUGUUCCUCAACAAGCUUCCCGCCCUGCUCUUCAUGCGCCAGCCAAGGAACAGCUGCGAGCGCCAGAGGCUACGUCAAAGACGGAGGGGGCAGGAGCAGAAGGAGGGCGGGCGCGGCGGGGAGGCCGGGGCCUUAAUGGUGGGGCUCGGGCUGGCAAGCGCUGGCGGGAACGGAGGGGGAACCUCCACAGCGGUGUUUGGCAAGGAGGACAGUGACCCUUGUACAUGCUAUGUAAACAGGGCGUCUGUUAAACAGUUUGGAGGCGACCUGGGAGGUGCAGGAGGGGGAUCCAUGGAUGGUCUGAACAGGGUGAGGGAGGGCCGGGAGGGAGGCUCUGGAAACCUGCCGAGGGGGAAGCAAGGACCCGGAGGUCCCGCCCUGACUCAAGCGCUGCUGGCUCAAGCCUGUCCGGGCUUCGAGGAGGCUGUGGAAGGAGUGCGCUUCAUCGCCAACCACAUGAAGAGCGAGGAUGAUGAUCAGAGUGUGAGCGAAGACUGGAAAUAUGUUGCCAUGGUGAUUGACCGCCUCUUCCUGUGGAUCUUUGUUUUCGUGUGCGUGUUCGGCACACUGGGCAUGUUCAUGCAGCCCCUCUUCCAGAAUUACACAGCCAAGACCAUCACCAGCACGCCAGGCUGACCAUUCUCCGGCGGCGAGCACGCUGACUGACAGCUCCCCGACCAAUCAGCACAGCAGGACUAGGCCCGGAGGUGGGAGGGGGAGCGGGUCUGGGUUUUAUUGUGUCGACGGAACUGGAACUAAAAACUAAAACUGGUACUGAACAGCAAUCACGUCCAUUACCUUUAUAGCAACGAUUUUUGCAACAAACAACAGUUUUUUCUUGUAUGAAUAUAAAGAAAAACACCGUCAUACUCUUACCUGCAGUUUUUUUUGUCCAGAUGCUUAAAAGGACUGACCACGCGUUUCUGGUGGGAAGGUCCCUCCCUGCACUCCUUUUUUUCAGCCAGUCAGGGAGGGAGGAUGCUCAGAUUUUUGUUUUCUCCUUGUUGAACUGUACGCCAGCUGAUCAACCCUCUCUCUGGCCGACGCUGACUGCUCGAUCGACACGUGACAUGCCCACCUUCAACUACAACGGACAUUACUCAUUCACAGUCUGUAUCAGAGUGGGAAGGGAGGCUCAUAUCGCGGUUCUUUUCUUUUUCUUUUUCUUCAGAAAUCCACUGCUUCAGUGAACAGUAUAUUUUAUGAUAGCAUAGCAGCUUACCACAGUAUAGCAUCGAGUAUAUAUUAUUAAGAUUUCUCUAUGUGUUAGCUCAUGCCAGGGACUGUUGCUGAUAGAAAGGCCAUGGUAUGGUGUAUGAUUGUAUAGCUAUAAGAAGAAUGUGAUUUAAACUGUACUACACAGCCUGUGACGCGCACACUAACACAAUAUGUGUAAAAGCAACAGAUUGUGAGGGAAAAUACAUAGUGCAUAGCUAUGCUAAAGAAAGAGUCGGGUUGCAUUGUUAUGCAAGAGUCAAAGGGUUAAAGUAAUAGAUUAUGCAUGGACAGUUUUUUGCUUAGAGUGCUGUGCACAGUUAGUAGACAACAGCCUGCUGUGCCAGAGUGCACAGCUGCACCGAGAUGAAUCUAGCUUCUGAGAAAUUGAGAAAUCUUAGCCAAGAUGGUGGACAGGACCCCCCCUCCCGCCCCCACAUGUGGGAUAGCAGAACACGAUUUCUCCAACGUGGAGGAUUUAGAGCGGGGGUCAAAAAUCUGUAUUUGAAUAAAGUAACAUGUAAAUGGUGAUCGAUGGGGGUUUUAUCAUGGAUAUUUAGCAAUUGUGGGUAUUAAUACGUAAUUUCACGAGCUGUUUUAUUUUCUGUAAUUGCUCUGAUUGUCAGAUCAGGGUGAGGCAGUGUCUCACUUCUUUCCUCCCCCACACACCAUACCUAUUUCUGCAGUGGAUUCUGGUCAUGUGUGUAAUUUUUCAGAGCAUAUGUAUACAUGUAUGGGAGUAUGUAUGUGUGUCUCUGUCUCAUACCCCAACGCAUUAUCAUGAGCGUGAGAUACAAUGUUCAGAAGAGCAUAACGUACGUGCAGCUCCCCCACUCGUCGGAUUAGUCUCUGUCGACCUCACUCCGGGCCUUCGCCCCUUAUCUGGUCUUCCGUGGACGCACAUUUCUGACAUUUAGUCCAAUUAGAAUAACAGUAAUCGCCUGCUCAUUAAGGCUCUUGUACUUUUCAUCAUGCCUGGUUUGUCUUAAUUCCACAAGCUUCCCACGUUCUCUGACAACCAAGCAAGAUGCAGAAGGCCUUCUCUGGCACACAUGCAGGAGGGGAUUAAUUAAAUUUUCAAUAGGAGAGGAAACGCCAACAGGGCCAAUGAUGAAGAAGUCAUGUAAGGCAAUAAGUUAUGCAAAAUCAUAAGCAGCGAAGACGAACAGAGAGGAGGAAUAAAGCGGGAUAGGCAAAGACAAAUGACUCCAAGAGAUGUUACUGCUUUGGAAAAGGACUAUAAACUUCUGAUAAAAUGCUGGCUAACCCCUGGUCCCUGCGCUCUGAGUUCGCCUGGCUUUUUACAGUCUGCAGCCCUGUUCUGGACUGAGAGCCGUCUCACUCUCCCUCUCUCUCUGGAGGAUGGGAUUACCUCUGGGGAGCCCCCAGCAGAUCCUGAACAAGUGUGAAAAGCCCAUCAGAGACCUGUGAAAACUGUAGGCCGCAUGGUUCCACGCGGAGAAAGCGCCGCCGCCGCCUCUUCUUUCUCUCCCUCUUUCUCUUUGACCUUUCCACUCUCCUUCCUUUGUUCUCACUUCCUCUUCCAUUAUGCUCACCCAUCUUUCACCUUCUCCUUCCUGACUCUAAAAUCUGCUCCUGUGCACACCUUAACCAGUCCAAUAAAGGUUGUAGGUUCAGAUUAAUCAAAA